CAGAUCUUGUCCUUGUUCGUGCUAGAAAGAUCAGAGCAACAGGGAACCAUAUGCACUAAGGAACAGCUUGGAGUUCUUCUCUGGUACUGGAAGGACAAGCCCAGGGCAGGAGGGGAGUGACUUGGCUAGUUUCAAGAGCCUCCAGCCAGUCUCAAGAAGGGAAACCAUAGCACAAUGCGGAAUUGGUGGUUUUGGUCCUGUCUGGCACUCUGCACUGCAGACCUAUUCAGGGAUGAAGCAAUAAGAAUCAUGAGCCAGACACCCUUAAUCGAUGGACACAAUGAUCUACCAUGGCAAAUACUGAAAAAGUUCAAUGGCCAGCUGCAGAGGAAGGAUGCCGACCUGAACCUCCUGGAGGGCACACACACCAAUAUUCCCAAGCUGAAGGCUGGCUUUGUGGGCGGCCAGUUCUGGUCGGCUUAUGUCCCUUGUGAGACCCAGAACAAAGAUGCAGUGAGGAGAACCCUGGAGCAGAUGGACCUCAUUUCCAGAAUGUGCAAGCUAUAUCCUGAGACUUUUCUGUGUGCCACCCGCAGCACAGAUAUCACGCAGGCCUUCAAGGAGAAGAAGGUGGCCAGUCUGAUUGGCGUAGAGGGUGGUCACUCCAUUGACAGCAGUCUAGGCGUCCUCCGAGCACUGUACCACCUGGGCAUGCGGUACAUGACCCUCACCCACAGCUGCAAUACACCCUGGGCUGACAACUGGCUGGUGGAUAGAGGAGAUGACAAACCCCAGAGCAAUGGCCUAUCGAAAUUUGGAGAAGAGGUGGUGAAAGAAAUGAAUCGCCUGGGUGUGAUCAUCGAUCUGUCCCACGUAUCGGUGGCCACCAUGGAGGCUGUGCUGUCCUUGUCCCAAGCCCCUGUCAUUUUCAGCCACUCUUCUGCCUAUUCAUUGUGUCACCAUAAACGAAAUGUGCCGGACCACAUCCUCCAGCUGGUGAACAAGACCAGAAGUCUGGUGAUGGUGAAUUUCUACAACGAGUACGUUUCCUGCCAAAAGGAAGCUAAUCUGUCUCAAGUAGCAGAUCACCUGGAUUAUAUCAAGAACAUUGCUGGUCCAGGAGCUGUAGGCUUCGGUGGGGACUACGACGGUGUUGAUAAUCUUCCCACAGGACUACAGAAUGUUUCUGGUUACCCAGACCUGAUAGCUGAACUUCUUAAGAGAAAAUGGACAGAAACAGAAGUGAAAAACGCCUUGGCCGAUAACUUGCUAAGGGUCUUUAGAGAGGUGGAGCAGGCAAGCAGUAAUAACACUCUGCCUAAUGAGAACGUCAUCGAAUUUAGUGAGAUGGAAAGUCAUUGCAGGACCUCCUAUGGCUAUCCUGACCACAGCCAGCAGCACCGGCCUGGAGCUCUACCUGUGGUCAUCACUCUUCCUCUCCUUUACCUGUGGCUGCUCUGACCUCUCUAGCCCACUGCCACCCCUCAAUUCCCAAGCUGCCAGGAGGGGUCAGGAUGACCUCAGGGCUGGCUCUAACCCAAGACCACCAAGAGGGGCCAGCCCCAUCUCCAAACCAAACUCCACUGGAUGUUUCUACAGACAGGAGGAUGAUCCCAUGUGUGAUCAGCAUAGACCUGCUCCUUCCUCAGCUGUUACCUCAGAUAUAGCAAAGGGAAGACUCUAACCUAUGGACAGCUGGUAAAUACACACACACACACACACACACACACACACACACACACACACUGGACAAAAAGAAAAUUCAAUAAAAGCUGCAGUCACUGCCAUUUGAAGUA